GCAACCAGCAAUGUUGCCUCUCUCUGCAUGCUUGGUUAUUGUGUUCAUUGCAGUCGUCCUUUAUUUUGUGUCUGUUAGAGAAUUUAAAGUAAAGAAAACUGUUAAAGAUUUUCCUGUAAAAUUUCCUGAAGAUAAAUUGAAGUCAAAGGAGACAGACUGGUACGAUGUUGCCAUUGUUGGUGCUGGCCCUGCUGGAUCAACGGCAGCAUAUUUCCUGGCCAAGUUAGGCUGGAAGGUUUUGCUAUUGGAGAAGAAGAAAUUUCCCCGAGACAAGUACUGCGGGGAUGCCGUGUGUAAGACAGCCAUUGAGAUACUGAUGGAGAUGGGGCUGUACGAUCAGCUGAUUAAGGAGGGCAAGGCCUAUGUGUCAGACAAUGGAGGCUUGGUGAGUCCGAGUGGACUCAGUUUUAUUGGAAAGAGUAAGGAGGGAUAUGGGGACGUACCAGCUGCUCUUGCAUGCAAGCGUAUUCUGCUAGAUGAAGCUAUUGCUAAGGCAGCUAAACGCAUGGGGGCAGAUUUGAAGGAAGAACAGCCGGUAGAUACAGCAGAGUUUAAUGAGGAUGAUGGGUUGUGGGAGGUGAACAUAGCAGACUCGGAUAUCGCCUACGAAGCCAGGGUGCUGUUAUGCUGUGAUGGUGCCCCAUCAAGACUGGCCAUGAAGCUUGGGCUCGUUACCAAGCCACCAGAUAGCACAUGCUCUCGUGCGUAUGUGGAUGGUGGCACACAUAAGUUUAAGGCUGAUGGUGUGGUCUUUUAUAACAGGGAUCUUAUGCCAGGUUAUGCUGCCUUAUUCCGUCACCCAAAUGAUGUAUUGAAUUUCUGCUGUUACAUCAUCCCGGGGAACCCAAAGUGUACGCAGGAGGAUCUUCCAUACUGGCACAACCACCUCAUGACCAAAGACCCAAACAUCAGCCGGGCACUCGGCAAGGACUUCAAGAUAGAGCGUAUGAAGGCAGCAAGCCUACGUCUAGGUGGAGAGAAGGUGAGCUAUGCGCGCCACUGUCUAGUUGUCGGGGACGCGGCCGGCAUGAUUGACCCUCUCACAGGUGAGGGCAUUCACCAUGCUAUGGAGGGUGGUAAGAUUGCGGCCCACUUUCUUGACGAGGUCAUUACCCAAGGCAACUAUGACAGCGACGUCAUGGCAAUAUACCACCAGCGAUGGAUGGACAAGUUUGGCUUUGAUUUUAAAUGGUCCAUGGUAUUUUGCCAGUUGACGUAUCGGUUCCCGAUCCUGAUAGAUGCAGCAACAGCUGUUGUGCAGAGGAAAGGUGACAAGUAUCUGCUUAAGUGGGCGGACAUUAUGACAGGGCGGGUUCCAAAGAUAAACAUGCUGAAGCCAGAGUUUGCUGUUCCAAUUACUAUAGAACUGAUAAGAUUGAUGCUCCUCAAACUAUUGGGCAAGCCAAUCGUCAAGAAGAAAGAAGAUUGAGCCACGAGUAUUUAGUUUUAUUUAUUAUUUUUUUUAUUGAUAUUCAUCGGUUUUCAAAGAAAUCCCUACUUAACCAAGAACUUGCCAUUACUCUACCCUGGAACUGAAUAGAUUAUCCUAACACUUCAGCUAAUCAGGAUUAAGAACGAAUAUUGAGUCUUAACAGUUGAGAUUAAGUUUUACCUGCAACUACCUGUCACCCUGUUUCAGUUAUUAGUAAAUUGUUCUGUUUUAUAAUAUUGUUAUGCUUGUUGUUAUUAGUGUUUAUUGCUCCUGCUAAGUCCAAAGUUUGCCAUUCCUAUAACAUGGAACUGAACAGAUCAUCCUAGUAUUUCAGCCUAUCAGUAUUAUUAAUCAAGAUUGUGUCAUGGCCUUGACUAACAGUCAGCUCAGACUAAAAUUCUGAAGUCCCAGGUUCCAGAUAUGGGAGAAUUUUUAUUUUUGUUUAAGUAUUUGUAUUACUCUACUUGUCUGUGUUUAUUGUAAAUGAGAGAGUAUAUAGGUUUGUGUGUACAUUUCAGCUUUAAAAUGAUUGUGCAAUCUUUUCAUUGUGUGUCACACCAAAAUGAAAGUGCUGGUAUAUUUUUACAGGGUUAUAUUAUAUGUAAAUACAAUUCUUCUUGAACAGUUCUUGUUAUAAGAAUUCUUAACACUGUUGAAAAUAUGAUCCAUAUACUAGUAUGUUUCUCUUUUUGACUGUCAGUUUGUAACAAAUAUAUUUUUUUACCUCGUUAGAAUAGAAAUUUAUAUUUUAUUCUACAUAAUUAUAUUUCUAUUUUACAUGUAUUUUUUUAUUCUCACAAGUGUGCCUUGUUUUUAAAGACAUUACUUUAAUUGGUAGCAGUGCUUUUAAUAACAAUCUUACCAUGUACAUCAAUCCUUUCAAAUAUGAUUUUGAAAUCCAUGACAGAAAAGAUGAACCUUGUAUGGUAGUAAAAAAAUGCUGAGCAAUAACUAUGUUGUCAUAGCUAGGUGAACCUAAAAUAA